AUGGACAAUACAAGAGGUGAUGACACGGCGGGCUCCUCGGAUGCUCGAAUGAACAUAAUGGAACAAAUGCUUGCCACUUUAACUGAAGUGCUAAUGCAACAACAGAGGCGACAACCCUCGCCACCUCCGCCCCAACCAGCUCAAGUUGAAAUGGGCAACAACGACAUGAUUAACAUGACUCAAAAAUUCAUGAAGAUGAAACUGCCAACCUUCUUAGGCGGCAUUGAACCACUGAAGGAAGAAACUUGGCUACUAGAGAUGGAAAAAUUGUUUGAAGUGUUUCCCUGCUCUGAAGUGCAAAAGGUUUUGUUGGCCACCCACACUCUGAAAGAUGAAGCUCGAAGAUGGUGGUUACUAGUUCGGAAUGGUAAUGAGAAUAUGACAUGGACUCAAUUCAACUCAGUUUUCUACGACAAGUACUUUCCUCAGUGCUUCCGAAACCAGAAAGUUUCAAAAUUUCAGGAACUUAAACAAGACAGAAUGGCCGUAGCUGAAUAUGAAGCUAAGUUUACUGAACUGGCUCGUUUUGCUCCACACAUGGUCGACACGGAUUACAAGAAGGCACGAAAGUUCGAGGGAGGCCUGGAUUUAGAAGUAUUUGAUCGAGUAAGUGUCCUGAAACUGCCUACUUACGUGGAGGUACUUGACAGGGCAUUAAUGGCAGAAGCUACUAUAGCAGCAAAGAAACAAACUGUAAACCCACCAAUCGAAUGGAAGGGCAAGAGGACUGGGUACAAUUUUAGAUGGGGCCGAUCGUUUUCAAAGAGACAAAACACAAGAUCCUCCGGCAGUUCCAGCUAG